UAUUACUCUCUCUUCUCCCUUUCAAGUUUCAACUCUCCUCCAAACUGCCCAGAAUCUCACUCUGAAAACUACAUUUCAGAUUCUGCAUCUCUCACUCACUGAUUCACUCCUUUCCCUUUCACUCUCACAAAAGAAAAGUAAGAAACACGCAUUUUAUGAAGGCACAGAGGCAACAUGGGUUUGUGUGUUUUGGCGUCUUGUUAUGUUACUCCAUCGUUUUCUUGCAAGAAGCUCCCGUGAGGUUCAUGUGAAAGUGUGUGGGGGGUGGAGAGGGAGAUCUGGGAAAGUGAAAGAAACUAAACAGUGUUAAUGAUAUCAACGUGUCGCUUGCAGCAUAGCUAGUAGGAGGGGUUGCCUCUCUUGAUUCAGUAAAGAUUGAAUUUUUAUGCUGGAACUCAAGAUGGGUUGCUGUUCUUGAUUUCUGGGUAUGGGGUGCAUCAAUAGUUGGUUCUUUGAGUUUUUGGUUUCAUGACUAGCAGUUAGUAUAGUAUAUAUGGGAAGUAGUACCAGUUUGGAGUGAGAAUUUUGGAAGGUGAAGAUUGAUGGUUGAAUUUGGUCAUUAUUGGUAUAUAUAGAGAAAAUAAGAGUGAAGCUCUGUUAGUGAAUUGGAAGUUCUUUGUAAUAAUGAUAUGGAUUGAGAGAAUGGAGUAUUCUCUGAUCUCCAGUCUUCAUUCAAGAAUAUUUAUGUGAUCAGAUCGAUUUGAUGUGGUGAUCAUGACAAGGAUUGUCCGGGACCGGAUCCUCAAGGAUGUGAAUGGUAACAUUAGUGAUCAUUUGCGCAAUCAUAUACAUUUGACGAAUUGUAUUCAUUUGAAGAACCAUAUGCAUAAGCAAAGCCCUAUCUUGGCCGAUAGGUCCCUUAUGAGGGACCUUGUCAUCCUUCAAAGAUCAAGGUCCCUGAGGGAUCCUUCUGCAAGCCCACCCUCGUCUCCUUCACCCGUGGGAGCCCUCCUCAAAAGAGCUGAAAGGGAUUCUGUUAUAAGCAAUGGGAGACGAUCUGUAGGCAUAGAACGUCCCAUGGGUGGUAGAUGCUUUUCUGGUAGCUCCCCUCAAGAGUUUCGUGUAGCAUCUUCUAGAGUUUCUUCUGGUGAAGCUAACGGGGAUAAGAGUGGAAUUCGAGAAAGGAGAAGAGUUAGGAGAGAAGAAUCGAGCGGGAGGAUUCUUGGGAAUGAUUUGAUUCCAGAUGAAAUAAAUGGUUUCAUCCAAAACACUAUUUCUAGAAACUGUGAGCAGAGGGAUAAAAGUAUCAAGCAAAAUGGACGGUAUGUUCAAGAUGAUCAUAUCAAGACUCUCUCUGAGCAAUUGAACGAGUACCCCGUUGACAGUGAUGAGGUGGCUUCAUCCAAAGCUUAUAGACAACACGUUCACACUGAGAAACUUGCAAUGGAAGCUGAAGCAACCGUUCGUAGAUAUUGCAGUGGGAGAGCAAAACGCCAUAAGUUUCGAGGUGCAAGGAGAACCCGGGUUCCUCAAAAGGAGAUGUCUGUGGCUUCUAAUUCUCUAGCUCAAGGUGCAUCAAACCCGAGGUAUCAUACUGCAGAAGAGGAUGGAGAUCAAAAUAUCACGAGGGCUCCUAGGAAUGGAUGUGGGAUUCCUUGGAACUGGUCAAGAAUUCACGACAGGGGCAAAUCAUUUUUUGACCUGGCAGGAAGGAGCUUUUCUUGCGGUUUAUCUGAUUCAAGGUUAAAGAAAGGCGGUGCUUUUCCUCACGGGAAGGACAUUGCAGCUAUGCCUGUGACAUCUGAGUAUACAAGUUCCUCGGAUAAAUCUGUCGAGGCGUUGCCCCUACUUGUCGAUCCUUCUGGAUCUCUAGGAAGUAAAGACAAUGCUGCUUGGGUUCAUGAUUAUUCGGGGGAAUUGGGUAUCUUUGCUGAUGAUCUACUAAAGCAUGAAAUCGACUCCGACCUUGUGUCUGAAGGAAGAUCCGGGGAGCAACGCAAGUUUCAUCGACACGGUCCCGAGAGGCACCAAAGUCUCAACCAAAAGUAUAUGCCAAGAACCUUCAGAGAUCUAGUAGGGCAGCAUUUGGUUGCACAAGCUCUUUUCAAUGCAGUUGUGAAGAGGAAGGUUGGGUUACUUUAUGCGUUCUACGGGCCUCAUGGCACUGGAAAAACUUCGUGUGCUCGUAUAUUUGCCAGGGCGUUAAAUUGCCAGUCCUUGGAGCAUCCAAAGCCAUGUGGAAUUUGCAACUCUUGCAUUGCACAUGAUAUGGGGAAGAGUCGUAAUAUAAGGGAAAUAGGACCUGUCAGCAACUUCGACUAUCAGAACAUUAUGGAUCUUCUUGACAAUAUGAUCUUUGCUCAUCUUCCAUCUCCGUAUAGAGUGUUCAUCUUUGAUGAUUGUGACAGUUUGUCGCCUGAUAGUUGGAGUGCUAUCAUAAAGGUUCUCGAUCGUGCUCCUAGGCGAUUCGUUGUUGUCCUCAUUUGUUCAAGCCUUGAUGUGUUGCCUCACACGAUCAUAUCCAGGUGCCAGAAGUUCUUUUUCCCGAAGUUAAAAGAUGCAGAUAUCAUCUAUACAUUGCAGUGGAUCGCAACCAAAGAAGAUCUAGAAAUCGACAAGGAUGCACUAAAGCUCAUUGCUACAAGAUCAGACGGAUCUUUGAGGGAUGCUGAGAUGACCCUCGAGCAGUUGAGUUUGCUCGGGCUCAGGAUUUCUGUUCCUUUGGUUCAAGAACUCGUCGGGCUUAUCUCCGAUGAUAAGUUAGUAGAUCUACUCGACUUGGCACUAUCAGCAGACACAGUCAAUACUGUGAAAAGUUUGCGAGAGGUCAUGGAAUCUGGAGUCGAGCCAUUGGCUUUAAUGUCACAACUUGCCACAGUCAUUACUGAUAUUCUCGCUGGCAGCUACGAUUUCACAAAAGACAGUCCUAUCAGGAGAUUCUUCCGCCGCCAAGCAUUAUCUAAAGAUGACAUGGAAAAGCUACGUCAAGCUCUCAAAACGUUAUCUGAAGCGGAGAAACAGCUGAGAACAUCAAAUGACCGACUUACUUGGCUUACAGCUGCAUUACUUCAGCUCGCCCCGGAUCAACAGUACGUCUUACCCACCAGUUCUUCUGCAGGCACUAGUUUAGAUCAAAGCCCCAUAGGCUUAAAUUAUAGAGGUGGACGAGAGAGACCCAGGAAAAGUAAUGCUGAGUGUAGUGAGGUGCUUCCCCGAGAAAGAACAAAAAUUAAGGUGGAAAGCUUUCAAACUGGCAGUACGAGUGACAGUUACAAUGGUUCCAAAACGAGAGGCACGGUUGAUAGAAACGGACAUCCUCAGCAGACAUGCAACGUUUCUAGUGAUAACAGAAAACUAGGUAGUAGACAAGUGUCUGGUAAACUCCGCAAUGAACUCGAAGAAAUUUGGUUGGCGGUGCUAGAAAAGAUUCAUAUAAAUAGCUUAAAGCAGUUCUUGUAUCAGGAAGGAAAGCUGAUCUCGGUUAGUUUUGGCACAGCUCCCACUGUGCAACUAAUAUUCAGUUCACACACGACAAAAUACAAGGCAGAAAAAUUAAGACUACAUAUUUUGCAAGCUUUCGAGUCUGUUGUUGGGUCCCCGGUGACAAUUGAAAUUAGAGCUGAUUUAUGGAAAGAUACAAAGGCACGGCCACAGCCAAUUAUCUUGCCCCCAUCUCAGGAUACCAAUGGAAGUGGACAAAGGUUUCAAAAAGAUACAGAAGGUUUAGCCUUAACGACAGUCAACUCCACUGGGAUCGAGAAAAACGAGAUUAUUGAAGAAGUAGACCGUGAACAUUUUGAAGGAACGAGCUCAACUGCUAAGGUUUCCAACGUGACCUCUACUUCGGAUUUAAGAAAAUUGGGGGACAGGAAUCAGAGUCAGAGCCUGGUGAGGAGCCGGGUAUCUCUUGCUCACGUAAUUCAGCAAGCAGAAGGAUGUGUGCCCGAGAGUGGAUGGUCUAAACGCAAGGCUGUUUCCAUUGCUGAAAAGCUCGAACAAGAGAAUCUGAGAUUGGAACCAAGAUCAAGAAGCUUGCUUUGCUGGAAGGCUACUACACCAGUAUCCCACCGAAAGCUCUCGCGCCUCAGAAGCAGAAGUAGGAAGCCAAAAGGUUUACUGAAAUUGGUGUCCUGUGGGAAAUGCCUCUCUGGUAGGUCUCCGAGGCAACGAUAGAGAAUUCAUAGCAGAUGAUGAUGCAUAUGCAGGCUUAGCUGCAGGUUCAAUUGCAUUUUCUUGAUUCAUUAGUUCCCUCCAGUCUGAAAAGUUAAAUUUCUUCUGUUAAAUGCUUUUCUCUCUAAUAAUAACAUAGAAGGAAUAGAAAGUAGAGAAGGAUUAACUCUUCCGGUCAUUAGUUUUAGGAUUCUUUAUGUUACCAGCAUAGUGUUUGACUUGAAGUCAUUACCAGUAUUAGUGCAUCUCUUUAUAUACUUUCUUGAA